GUUUACAUACCGACAAGAAGUCAUGUGUGAAUCUUUGUGAACAAAUUGAAGUAGGCUUUUGAAAUGUCUUCUAUUUUAAUCAAUGCCCUUUUAUCAAGUUGCCAUGAUCCGGAUACUUUGUUUAACACGUUGUGCUGGCCAACUGACUCGUGGCCGGACACAGAAAGAGUAGAGGCACUGACAACGUUUAUUGACGGAAUUGGUAAACUACCCCAGUCUGACACAUCUGACGAUGGCGACAAAGUUGCAUUUUCUACUGCAAAAAGAGACAUCUUUCUCCGAAAAGUUGAAUCGAUCAUUUGGACACAAUGUUUACCAGUUCUCUUGAAAGUCUCUAACGGAAACGGGGCAUGCAAAGGUAAACGUGUGCAAGAUGGAAGGGCUGAAAUCACCAUCGCUGUGUGCAGGCUUCUUUCUGUCUGCAUCAACACACUGUGUGACACGGCAGUUUCGGGGCGAGUCGCCCGCGCUGUCCUGCCAUCCUUCCAGCGGCCAGACGGGGAGACGGAGGAAGAGCUUCCCGGACAGGGUGAGGGGCGGCUGGGUAUCGACGUGGCUAUCGAAGCCAUGUCAGUCAUCCUACCCACUCUCUCAUCCAACGAAGAAUUGACCACGUCGAUCCUCUCAUCUGCCCUGUCCUGUAUCAAGACGUUAUCGGAUGCUCUGGUCUCCAAAAUCACCGUUCGGCUUAUUUUCACUCUCCUCAACUGCUACAGCGAGGAUGGGAUAGCGAGUAAACUCCAGUUCAUUUUAGAGGAUUUGUGUAGCUGGCACAAGAGUGACAGCUCAAACACGGACUCGCCUGUGGUGACAGAACGCACUUUGCUGUGUUUAACAACUCUCUCGGACUAUCUCUUCUCUCCGGCUAAACUACAGCAACACACCCUUCCUCAAAGUCUGAGCUAUACUCGACCAGACCCUCGUCGUUCUCUGCAGUUCUGGAGGAUUCUACAAGAUGGACUGACGCACAAAGACAACGUGUCCCGGAAGCGGGCGUUGUACCUGCUGAAAAGGUGUGUCGCUCUGUCAGAGGAUGAGGCGGUUGACUUUCCAAGCAGUUCAGUGUCAAGUGAAGUUAAUGAGGAGAUCAUAUUCAGAUGGGCCCCAGACAGAUGCAAGCUGCUCAGAGAGUUCUGGGAGGACUAUGCCUUGGUUAUGGAGACACUGGAGGAGAACCAGAUUCAUGUGGUCCGCCCUGUGCUCAACAGAAUCCAUACGUUGAUCCAAACAGCAGCGAAUGAUAGUCAAGGCGUCAGUCUGUUCCACCCGUCAUGGCUGCUGGGUGUGUACCAGCGUAUGUUCCACAGUGAGAACAAGUCCGUCAUGAGAGAGGGAGUGGAUCACCUGCUGGAACUCCAGGUGCUCCGACGUCCUGCCUUCGCCCUGGCCUUCUCACAGUUCAUUGUGGGUCCUUUUAUGGAUGUGAUGUCUGAAAGCUCCCUCUUUCACAGGACUGCAGGACAGAGUGUAGGAGAGUGUCCUGAGCUGGGAGGCAAGCUGCAGGUCUUCAUGGUCACGUUCUUCAGCAGCCUGCCACAGGAGAACAGAGGUCCUGUGUUGCUGCAGCUUGUCCAGCGGCUAGGUUCUCAACACUGGUGUGCUGUCCCCAUCCUCUUCCUCUCUCGGGCCCUGUCCCACCUUCCUCCCUGCCCCCUCCUGGGCCCUGACGGCCUGCAAGCUCUCAGGGAGGUGCUGCGCUGCACUAUGAUCACCCACCAGGUGCUACUGAGAGGAGCUGCCCAGUGUUUCCUGCUCAACACUGCCCUCUCCCUGACACAUGUGACCUCAGUGACGUUGGAUGAUGUGUUUAGUUUGCUGCUGCAUUUCAGAGCAGACGAGUCUCUACGUAGAGGAACAUCACUCUGGAAUCAGGUACUGUGUGGGGGUGGAAUGAGGAACACCACUCUGGAAUCAGGUACUGUGUGGGGGUGGAAUGAAGGAACACCACUCUGGAAUCAGGUACUGUGUGGGGGUGGAAUGAGGAACAUCACUCUGGAAUCAGGUACUGUGUGGGGGUGGAAUGAGGAACACCACUCUGGAAUCAGGUACUGUGUGGGGGUGGAACUGUGUGACUGGCUGGCUGACAGUGAAGGCAGCUUCAGGCCCUGUGUCAGAGAACCAGCUGAUGGUACCAGUACCAGUACUUCUCCAGAGAGAGAGACUGUGAGAGGCUACGUCCAACACCAGAUGGAGUUCUUCCUCAGAGUCCCGGCUAGCUCAGACCAGACAGACAGUGUCCCAGACCCAGGAGAGGCGGAGCUGCUAGCCAAGGCCAUCCUACUGUGUGUUGACAUAGAGUGGAGGACUCAGAGGAGGUCUGGAGGAGAGGAGACUACUGGUGUCAGCGGUGGGAUGGACUCGCUCUUACGCCCCCUACUGGACACACUGAGCAGGCUCCACACUAAUGUCUACCUGCCGCUACGCAAGACUGACAAGAGCCUGCAGCUGCUGCUACGAUUACUGCAGCUCACACCAGCCAGACACACCCCUGCUGCAGUAGAGAAAGAACAAGAGGACAGUGUGACGGUCUCCAUGGAGACGCUGGUUCUGGGCGUGGUGGAGCCCAUUCAGGAGUUCAUCCUCCGAAGACUAAGUGGAGAACUACAGGAGCUAUGUGAUGUAGAGCGUGCUGAGCUCUACCUGUCAGUGCUGAAGGAGGUGGUGCUGAUGUACAGUGUGUUAGAGUGGAACCACUCCAAGGUACAGGAGGCCUAUUUCCCCAGACUCCUCAGAUACGUCCUGAGGACCCUAGAAGCUGACCAGAUCCCCUCUGUGGCGGGUCAGGUAUCCAGGGCGGUUGCCAUGGCGUCGUUGGCCAUGACCUGUGAGGUUGCAGUGCUGGGAGUGUUCAACCUCCAAUCAGAGACCACGAUUCUACUGGUCCAUCUGUCUAGCUACUUCUACUCCCCUGCUCCACCCCCAGCCCCUCCUCUCUCUCUGGUCAACUUCAACCAGCGCCUGCUGAAACCUCCAACUGCAGAUCCGUCAACAGGUGUUUCGGAGCAGGGUCCUCUCCUCAAGGACUGGGGCCGUGUGGCAGCUCAUUUCAUCCGGGACCAGUGGACGUGCCUGGGCUACGGGAGGAGAAUAGGCCCACCCGGGCCCCUGGAGCUCCCCAGGGCAUCGGGGUCCCUCCAGGCUGCUAUAGAGGCUCUGUCUCUGCUACCCAGUGGGCUGGUACUGCCUGUACUGGACUUCAUGGCCUCAAUGUUGCCACAGGUGGCGCUGUCUGAGGAGGCCCUGUGUGUAGAGGCUGUGACUGUCUCCUGGAAGCUGGUGCUGGGACUGAGCAGUAACCCUCAUGACUUCUGGCCCACCCUGCAGGGCUUUGUGACCAUGGCCUUUCACCACAGCCUGCUGGAGUUAACAGAGGAGCAGGCACCUGGGCUCACUGCUACUCUACAACAGAUAGCCGUUGAGUUGAUGGAACUCUCCCAGGCCAAGACCGGUGUAUUCAACGUUCUGAUCCAACACUGCUGCCACACCUGGCUGCCCUCUGACCCAGGAAGUGACGGCGAGAGCCAAUCAGAUGCCAUGUUCUCCAGUGCCCUACUGCACCUUGACAUCCUGGCUGAGGCAUGUGUGUAUGGACCUGUGUUCAGGAGGGACCAAAGGCUGAUCCAGGAGGUCCAGGUCUAUGUGGAGAGGCUUGGAGAGGAGUGUGCUGCUAACACUGCAGUCCCCAGUGAUAACCGGGAUGACCAGUUCCCACGUGUGUGUGUCGUGGCGUUCCUCAGCCGCCUCCAGCCCUCUAAUCAGCUGCAUGAGAGACUGAUGGAAGAACUGGUUCUCCGCUUGCUGAAAAAGGAUGAGGCCAUAUCGAAGUCAAAACAGCGUUACUAUAGCAACUCCCUGCAGCAUCGUGUCAAGAACAGGGUGUGGCAGACACUACUGAUGCUGCUGCCCAAACUGAGAGGGGAGUUUGUAGGUACCGUUCUGGGUCGUGUGUUUGAGGCAGGUUUCGUCAGUAACCAGGCCUCAGUCAAGUACCUGAUAGAGUGGGAGAUGGUUCUAAUCCUAGUCCAGUAUCCUGAACACAUAGACCGUCUCUGGACCUGCUUCAGUGUGGAUCAAGAGAAGACCAAGACCAGUGUCUGUACCUUCCUGUCUGUGUUGGUCCACCUCAACAUCAUCAUGCCUCAACUCAAGGAGAAGGCGGUACAGUGGCGUAAGGCCCUGGAUGUUAUUCUCCAGUGGUGUUUCAGCCAUAACUUCAGUGUCCGUCUGUACGCCCUGCUGGCCCUGAAGAGGGUGUGGAGUCUGGAGGGGGCGAGGGCCGAGGCCGAGGAGGGGGCCGGGGGGGAGGAUGGGCUCGGGGGGCUGGCCACCGUCGUUAAGGCCUGUCUGCACCAGGCUGAGGCUAUGCAGAGUACUGGAAAUGCCAAUAAGAACUGGACCAGGAUUCAGGACCACUUCUUCUUUGGUGUCUUUCAUCCUGUUAGAGACUAUAGUGUGGAAACCAUAUUCUACACAUUCCCCAGCCUAUCAGAGGUGUUUGAGGACGAGUGGAUUCCGCCCUGGAAGUUUGAGAAGUUGGUGGACUUCUCCCAGAAUGCAUCUCUCCCGUUGAGGAACCCUGUCCCUGACCUGAGCCAGAUUCAGCCUGGAGACUGGAUCCAGCAGGAUAAAGGGGAUCAGGAUGGUGAGGAGCGCUGGGCCGAGGUCCAGAAGAAGAUGACCCCCUGGAGGUUGGGGAUCCAGGAACAGGAGCCAGAGCUGGGUCUGGUGCCCCAGCAGAGAGCAGCACGCCUGGGCAAGCUGCACAGUGCCCUCCUGGUGGUUGCCUCGCUCAUAGACAAGCCCACCAACCUGGGAGGUCUGUGUAGGACGUGUGAGAUCUUUGGGGCCAGUGGUCUGGUGUUGGACAGUCUUCGCCACGUCAGUGAUAAACACUUCCAGGCCCUGAGUGUCUCCUCUGAGCUAUGGCUCCCCCUACUGGAGGUGAAGCCCGUAGAACUAGCUGACUUCCUGCAGCUGAAGAAGAGGGAGGGCUACUGCAUUGUGGGAGUGGAGCAGACAGCCAAUAGUCAGAGUCUAAAGGACUAUAGGUUCCCUGAGAAGACUCUGUUACUGCUGGGUAAUGAGCGUGAAGGUAUCCCAGCUAACCUGCUCCAGCUGUUGGACGUGUGUGUGGAGAUCCCUCAGCAAGGUGUCAUCCGUUCCCUCAACGUACACGUGAGCGCCGCCCUGCUGGUUUGGGAGUACACCUGCCAGUACCUGUCCUCUACUGGAGGGAAGUCAGACUGAAACAGGGAGGGACGACCUGGACUUGUCCGAUAAGAAACAAACAUUUUCACUCUGUUGCAAAAUGUUUUUUGAAAAGUUUUCCAUUACGUGCACUAAUGAACACAACCCUAGUGUGGGGGUAAAGCCGCCAGUACCUGCCCCCGCUGCAGAGUAGGGUGAAGUUGCCCCUUUACAUUUUAGUCAUUAAGCAGAUGCUCUUUUCAGGGCGAUUUACAGUAGUUAGUACAUACAAUAUCACAAUAUCAUACUGGUCCCCUGUGGGAAUCAAACCCACAACCCUGGCGUUGCAAGCACCACGCUCUACCAACUGAGCUACACGGGGCCUUUCUCCACUAAUGGUUAAGGUUAGAAUUGGGGCAGGGGAAGCUGGUCCUAUAUCUGUACCAACAGGCAACUUCACCCCAGACCUAGUGAAUCUGCUGUGGUGACUGACCCCUCUCUGUAACGCCCUAACCCUGCUGGUGUGGGUGUACACCCGGCCAUUACCUCCCCCCUACUGGCCCUGCUUCUGGGGUGACCUCUGAACCUGGAACCUGGAACCUCUUUGUGAUGAAGUGUGAAGUUGCCCCUAGGCACAGAUCUAAGAUCAGCUUGAAUGCCCUCCAAGUCCUAACCUUAACCAUUUGAGGGGAAAACAUGCCACUGACCCAACAGAAACCCAGUGUCAACCCUACUUCAGGCCUCUGAGAUCUGGUCAUGAAGGAAAGGAGACAAGGCGUCUAGGAGACUAGGAGAGGAAUCGACCUCAUUACUAUUGAUAUGUUGUUCAAACCAGAGAGUUUCUUGUUAUUGUCAAAGUCCCACCUCAGGCAGGUGUCAGUCAUCAAAGGAGAAACCAUGACUUACCUCUUCCAUAUGCUGUGAACAUAAGGUCACAGUUUCUGUGUUUUGUAGAAUUUUAAAAAAUUCAUUUUAUCCUUUUUUUUUACCCAUUUAAAAUGCAGCCUUAACCCUCCAAUGGGCCAUAGAUGUAGAGAAUGGAUGUUAGUCUUACAAGUGGUGACUUGUUAUUAGACCUAGAACCCAUCUCAGAUCCAUUGGAGGUUAUUUCCGCUUUAGCCGUGGCUAGAUAUUACAUUAGAAUAUGCCAAUGUCGUUUGGACAGGGUCAUGUUUCCAAGUCCUUUCCCAGGAAAGCAGCAGACACUUGAUUUUCCCCGAGUCCAAAUGAUUUUUUUGGAGUGGAGAAAGUAAUGCAUCUUUUUAAACAAAUAAAACAAUUAUUUCGUAAGAACUCUGUUUUUCUUAUCACACACAUUUGUUUGAUUUAUGUUUUCCUUUACAAAGCAUGUUAUUUCUCACGGAGCCGUUCAUAGCGCAGAAAGAACAUUAGCUCACAGUAG